UAAUUUAAUUCCACCACCAUCCCUUUUCCCCUUUUUCUCUCUCUCCUUAGCUUGAAGAAGAAGAGUUAAGAGUUUUGUACUAGCAACCAAGAAGGCAAGAACUGUACAAAGUUAACCGAAUCUUCCUUCUUCCCCCUUCCAUCGCCCCCCUCCCCACCCCCCUUUUUAUACCCACCCUCUUUGCCCGUAUCCCCAAAUUCUCUCACAAAUAUUGAGUCUUUUUUCAUUCUCUCCCUUCCAUGAUACUUCACCAUGUCCAAAAUGAAGCAUUUACUCAGGAAACUUCAUAUCGGCGGUGGUGUGGCCGAUAAUCCUCCUCACCUUGCCCCUCAUCACACCUCUCCUACUCAUCAACCACUUCCUGUACUUGAUCCGAAUCAGCAAACUAACCGGUUUGAACAAUCUGGGUCAACUUCAUCUUUGUCUCCUCAAACGACGCCGGCAUCAGCAGCAUUGCCCAGAGUCCCUGAGAUGAAUUCGGCUUCGGCUUCUGAUUCUGCUGAUUUUAAUUACUUUGAGGAGGAGUUUCAGGUUCAAUUGGCUUUGGCGAUCAGUGUUUCUGACCCAGAUUCUCGUGAAGAUCCGGAAACGGCCCAGAUCAAAGCAGCCCAAGAGAUAAGUUUAGGAUGUUCGCCUUUGGAAAAUCCUGUGGAGUUCCUUUCACUUCGUUAUUGGAACUAUAAUGUCGUAAAUUAUGAUGAGAAAGUGAUGGAUGGAUUCUAUGAUGUUUAUGGAAUUAAUUCCAGUGCGGCGAUUCAGGGAAAGAUGCCUUUGUUAGUGGAUCUAAAAGCAGUUUCGGUUUUGGAUAAUGUUGCUUAUGAAGUUAUCUUAGUAAACCGUGCAGCUGAUAUGGAACUGCGGCAGCUUGAGGAGAGAGUGUACUUCAUGUCCCGGGAAUGCCGAGCUUUAAAGAAGGUCCCGGUUACAAGCUUUUUAGUUGAGAAAAUCGCUGACCUUGUUGUUAAUAGGAUGGGAGGUCCUGUUAAUGAUGCAGAAGAAAUGUCAAAGAGGUGGACUGCAAGGAGUUAUGAGCUAAGAAUUUCAUUAAACUCUAUCAUUCUUCCCCUUGGCUGUCUUGAUAUUGGACAUUCUCGACAUAGGGCCUUACUCUUUAAGGUACUUGCUGAUAGAAUCAACCUACCAUGCAAGCUAGUUAAGGGAAGUUACUACACUGGCACUGAUGACGGAGCAGUUAAUUUGAUCAAAUUUGACAAUGGAAGUGAAUAUAUUAUUGAUUUAAUGGGUGCACCAGGUGCCCUGAUUCCUACUGAGGCACCAAGUGGUCAAUUACAAAGUUAUGCAGUAGAUGUGCACAGUGUAACACCACUUCCUUCUGGCGGUACUGUCAUUUCAUUUCCUGUUUUUGACACACAAACUGGGACAGGAUCAGGUUCAGUUACUGCUGCUCAUGGAACUGCCAAUACAUGGAUUUCAAGGGAAGAACCAGCUUUCUACCACAAUGAAGCAAAGGGGAAUUGUGGAAAUAGUUCAGGUAGAACUGGAAGCACCCAGUUUGAGCAUGACUCUGGAAAUCUCCUUCCAUUGUCGGCUAGAUUAUGUGAUGCUUCAGCAGUUUCCCAUGAUAACACAUCCAUUGCACAAAUAACGCAAGCUAGAGAAGCUUACGAGAAUGUGAACAGUCUUGCAGAAAACUCAGAAGUUAAACUCCUAGGUGUUUCUCCAGAGAGUCAAAUGUAUUUGCAAUCAGAUCUGGUUUUAGGAGUUGUUGCUGGAAAAAAUCAAUUAUCAGAGGAAAGGGCUGUUGAUACUAGACAAAGUUCAGAAAUUAACAAGCAGUCUCUUGUAGCCUUCACCGGGAUGCAGUUCCCUUACAGUAUAUCCUAUAAAAGUGAACAGGAGUAUACUGUUGCUGCACCGAGAGACAAUACAUUAUAUGAUACUUCAGGUGAUAAAUUCUUUAGGGAGAAGUUUGGAAAUAUUUCAGAUAACGAUUGUACUUACAAAGACAAAGAAUCAGCUACAAAAGCAAGGGAAAUAGUUACUUGCAUACAGUCUAAGUCUUAUGCGGUGCAGAAAGAACAGCUUGAUCCAAUGCUACGUGGAGUGGCAGAGUGGGAAAUUCCAUGGGAAAAUCUCCAUGUUGGUGAACGUAUUGGUAUUGGGUCAUAUGGCGAGGUAUACCGUGCAGAAUGGAAUGGCACAGAAGUUGCUGUGAAGAAAUUCAUGAAUCAGGAUAUAACAAAUGAUGCCCUUGAACAGUUUAAAUGUGAAAUUGAAAUUAUGUUGAGGCUGAGACAUCCUAAUGUUGUGCUAUUCAUGGGAGCUGUAACUCGUCCCCCAAAUCUCUCUAUAUUGACCGAGUUCCUUCCCAGGGGAGGUUUAUAUAAACUACUGCAUCGUCCAAACAUCCUUAUUGAGGAGAAAAAGCGUAUGCGGAUGGCACUUGAUGUGGCCAAAGGAAUGAAUUACUUGCACACAAGCAACCCUAUCAUUGUGCAUCGAGAUUUGAAGACUCCGAAUCUUCUGGUUGAUAAAAAUUGGGUUGUUAAGGUUUGUGAUUUUGGGAUGUCUCGCUUGAAGCACCACACAUUUCUCUCUUCAAAGUCAACUGCUGGAACGGCUGAAUGGAUGGCACCAGAAGUUUUAAGGAAUGAACCAUCCAAUGAAAAAUCUGAUGUGUACAGUUUUGGUGUAAUACUCUGGGAGUUAACUACUCUCCAAGUGCCAUGGACAGGGAUGAACUCAAUGCAAGUUGUUGGAGCUGUUGGUUUUCAGGGUAGACGCCUUGAUAUUCCUCCAAGUGUUGAUCCCAUAGUUGCAGAGAUUAUAAGCGAAUGUUGGAAUCAAGAUCCCCAAGUGCGCCCCUCUUUUGCGCAGAUUAUAAGUCGUCUUAAACGUCUUCAGCGUCUUAAUAUCCAGGGAUUUGAAACUUGUACAAAUCAGCAUUAAGGUUGACAGAUGCAAAGAAGCACUCAAGAAAACCCUGGAUUGGAAGCAGUUGGUUCAUUCGAAGUGGGGACUCAACGCAACCAAUUCAGAAACAAGCAGAUAUCUCCAAGUCAAUGGCUGCACGAAGUGCAGUAGUUGAAAAUUAGGUCAUAGUGAUCGUUGUAUCCAGUCUUGAGUUAUGUAAAAGGAAAAAAGAAAAAAAAAUCCUUUUUAGUUUUAGUUAGUUCUAGGCUGAUGAAUGCACAGUACCAUUGAGAUAUGUAAUGAGUUCCAAAAAGGAGCAGCAGAAGAAAAAUCUCAAUUCUGUGAAGGUCGUCGAAGGAAGCAAUUGUAAACAGUCGGUCUCUGCAGGUUGUACCAACAGAAGAAUAAAUGGAAAUGAGGAAAAUUUCCUACAUUACCAUCUUCAUUCUCUUUGUUGUGCUUAUAUAUAUAGUGAAGUGAAGACAUUUUUGUGUAUAGUAAUACAUACGGUGUACAGUAAGUACAGUGCUAAACUUAUUUGCUAGACGUAGAACCACCAACUUGAGUAAGGAGCCUUAUGCCUGCUGAUUCAACUCAUUGCUAAAAUCUCCCUACCACUUUUGCA